AGCCCAAUCUAAGGCGCAUGCGUACGAAGCUCCGCCCGGCCUGAUGCAAGCAACGCGCAUAUCGAGGAAAGGUGUAUCGUGAAGAAUAGUCUAUUAUAACGCUUAUUUUUUUGCGUCUUGCGUUUUCACAACAAGCCGAAACCAUGUCAGGAGACGAGAUGAUAUUUGAUCCCACUAUGACCAAGAAGAAGAAGAAGAAGAAGAAGCCUUUCAUGCUGGAGGAAGAUGGUGGUGAGGGAGAUGAAAGCCAACAAUUGGAAACAAAAGAGAUUGAAGCUGAUGGGGGAGAGGAGAAAGAGUUCGAUCUUGAGGAAGAUGAGGGAAGGAAGAAAGAAACAUCAGAUGACCUGGAUGACUUAAACUUCUUCAACCAGAAAAAAAAGAAAAAGAAGUCCAAAAAAGAGAAGAUUUUUGAUGCAGAGCUUGAAGAGGGAAUGAAGGAGCUGAAGAUCGAAUCGGAGCCAUCAGAAACACAAGAGGACGAUGACUUAAUGCUGCCCGCUAAGAAGAAGAAAUCCAGAAAAGGCAAAGAUCUUCAAGAGGACACAGACAUUCAAAGCAAAGAUGAUGGUGUCGAAGAUGAGGACAGUAAAACCACCGAUGACAUCACGUUCAGCUCACAGACAGGCCCUGCCUGGGCAGGAUCGGAGAGAGACUACACAUACGACGAGCUUUUGAAUAGAGUCUUUAACAUCAUGCGGGAAAAAAAUCCAGACAUGGUCGCAGGAGAGAAGAGGAAGUUUGUGAUGAAGCCUCCUCAGGUUGUCAGGGUCGGCACAAAGAAGACCUCCUUCGUAAACUUCACAGACAUCUGCAAACUGUUGCAUCGACAGCCAAAACAUCUUUUGGCGUUUUUGCUAGCUGAGUUGGGUACAAGCGGGUCCAUAGAUGGAAAUAAUCAGCUCGUCAUCAAAGGCAGAUUCCAGCAGAAACAGAUAGAGAAUGUCUUAAGAAGAUAUAUAAAGGAGUAUGUGACAUGUCACACGUGUCGGUCUCCUGACACAAUCUUGCAGAAGGACACGCGUCUUUAUUUCCUUCAGUGCGAGACGUGUCACUCCCGCUGCUCCGUUGCCAGCAUCAAGACCGGAUUCCAGGCUGUGACGGGCAAGAGAGCGCAGCUGCGUGCCAAAGCCAACUAACGCCUGUCCUUCGACCAUCACCCACCUUAUACAGCCCAUCUGAACACCUGUACUCCACGGCCAAACUCAACAAAUCCACUCUCAGCCGGGUUACUACAGAAUCUGUGCUCUGUUCAGGAAGUCUGAAAUUUAGAACUGAGUUCUCAGCCAUCUCAAAUACAACACUUAAUUUCCUUCAGUUCCUUUGAGCUCUGAAAUCGCCUAUGCACACGAAGAGAGGUUUGAUUUGUUGGGUCUGGCUGUGGAGCAGUGCUGUGAGAUGAGAACAAGGAGCCUGCAGGAUUUUAUGAAUGAACUGUUGGUGAAAUUUGUUGUUGCUGUAUUACCUGCAGAGAAACAAUUGAAAUAAAAUGCAUACCAGCUGGGCAAA